AUGGAAAGCCUGGACUUCGAGAAGAAGGAAAAGCGGUACUGUAUCCGAGGAAAGCACGCUGCUAUCAUCUGUGCCGUCAUCGUAGUGACAGGUGUAGCUGUGGGACUUGGAGUUGGCUUAAGCUUGAAUUCUUCAUCCGAAAAGGAAACACCAUUACCAACUCCAUUACCCACAGAAGUGCCUGAUGAUCGCCCAUGCAAACCAUCUGAGAACACCAAUGGCGGCUGGAGCAAUUUCCGAUUACCUGACUACAUUCUUCCGUUCCAUUACGAUCUGCAUAUGGAGCCUGACCUCAACACGGACAUCUACACUGGGGACGUGUCUGUACAUCUGAAACUGACUCAGCCCAGUCAGCACCUGUGGCUCCACAUCCGGGACACUUUUGUCACUGUGAUGCCUUCACUACAGCGCAGCAGCCCGUCUGGUGUGACCUCUGUCAAGUUGAAGCAAUGCUUUGAAUACAAGCCGCAGGAGUACGUGGUUGUGGAAGCGGCUGAGCAGUUGAGCGUUACAGGGCCGGAUGAACACUACGUCCUCACUCUGCACUUCCAGGGCUGGUUAAAUGGCUCUCUGGUUGGCUUCUACAGGACCACGUAUCAGGAGAAUGGAGUUACCAAGAAAAUCGCUGCAACAGACCAUGAACCCACGGACGCUCGUAAAUCUUUUCCAUGUUUUGAUGAGCCCAACAAAAAGGCCACCUACACAAUCUCCAUCACCCAUGACAGUACAUAUAAAGCACUGUCCAACAUGCCUGUGGAGAAAACAGAAAAACUUUCAGAACAAAAGACUAAAACAUCCUUCAUGAAGUCAGUAAAGAUGAGCACUUAUCUGGUGUGUUUUGCGGUGCAUCAGUUCGAUUUUGUGGAGCGGACCUCGAAAAGAGGAAUACCGCUGCGGAUCUAUGCUCAGCCUUUGCAGAUCUCCACGGCUGCAUAUGCUGCAGAUGUCACACAGGUCAUAUUCGAUUACUUUGAGGAAUAUUUCGACAUGGAAUAUUCAAUACAAAAACUUGAUAAGAUAGCGAUCCCAGACUUUGGGACAGGAGCGAUGGAGAACUGGGGCUUGAUCACUUACAGAGAAACCAACCUGCUGUUCGAUGAGAAGGAGUCAUCCUCGGUCAACAAGCAGCGAGUGGCCAGUGUCAUUGCACACGAGCUUGUCCAUCAGUGGUUUGGAAAUAUUGUGACUAUGGACUGGUGGGAUGACCUGUGGCUGAACGAGGGCUUUGCCAGCUUUUUUGAGUAUAUUGGAGUGGAAGAAGCUGAGCAUGACUGGGGAAUGCGUGACGUCAUGCUUAUCAACGAUGUAUAUCCUGUCAUGGUCGAUGAUGCCCUUCUCUCCUCGCAUCCCAUUAUUGUGGAUGUGUCGAGCCCAGCUGAGAUCACAUCUGUGUUUGAUGCCAUCUCAUAUAACAAGGGAGCUUCUAUUUUGCGAAUGCUGGAGGACUUACUUGGCCGAGAGACAUUUAGGGAUGGUUGUCGAAGAUAUCUGAAGACCUACCUCUUCCAGAACGCAAAGACUUCAGACUUCUGGAAAGCCUUGGCUGAUGAGAGUGGCUUACCCGUGGCAGACAUUAUGGACACAUGGACCAAGCAGAUGGGUUAUCCAGUGCUCAGUCUGACCAACACAGACACUGAAGCUAAACUCACGCAGACCAGGUUUCUUCUGGACCCUAAUGCUGACCCUAGUCAGCCCACCACUCCACUGGGGUAUAAAUGGACUAUUCCAGUGAAAUGGAAAGCACUUGACUCCACAAACAACUCUUUUAUAUUUGAAAAAGGACAAACAGAGGCAGUCAUUAGUGGAUACUCGCAUGCUACCAAUGGUCUUAUCAAAGUCAACAAAGACCACAUGGGCUUCUACAGAGUAAAUCAUCAUGACCAAAUGUGGAGCGAUAUUGCUGAACAACUUCUUAUGGAUCAUCAGGUCUACGAUGCAACUGACAGAAGCAGCUACAUUGAUGAUAUAUUCGCAUUAGGACGGGCAGAUAUGGUUGAUUACGGGAAUGCCUUCAAUUUAACAAGAUAUCUGGCUGACGAAACCGAAUAUAUUGUGUGGGAUCGAGUUUCUGCUUCUAUCUCCUACGUGAGAGAAAUGUUGGCUGAUGAUACAGUGCUGUACCCCUUAUUUCAGAAAUUAUUCAGGGGUCACGUGCAGAAGAUAUCCAGAGAGCUUGGCUGGAAGGAUGAGGGGAAUCAAACACAGCGGCUGCUGAGAGAGAUCGUUUUGGGCAUUGCAUGUCAAAUGGGUGACCAGGAAGCUCUUGACCAAGCCUCUGAUAUUUUCAAUAAAUGGAUUAAAGGAACAAUCGGCAGUGUGCCUGUGAACUUGCGUCUGCUGGUAUAUCGGUACGGCAUGAUGAACUCAGGAACAGAGGAGAGCUGGGAAAUCAUGUUCCAGAAGUAUCUGUCUGCCACUCUGGCCCAGGAGAAAGAUAAGCUGCUCUAUGGUCUGGCUUCAGUCAAAAAUAUUCAUCUGCUUCAUAGGUUGCUUGAAGCCACAAAAAAUGAAAGCAUCAUAAGGAGUCAAGAUGUUUUUACUUUAGUGCAAUACGUGUCACGAAGCUCUGAUGGUAAAAUUAUGGCCUGGGACUGGAUGACGCUCAACUGGGAUUACCUGGUGAACAGAUACACUAUCAAUGACAGAAAUUUGGGCCGCCUGCCAGCCAGAAUUACAACUACAUACAGCUCUAAUCUUCAACUGUGGAAGAUGGAGCACUUUUUUGCCCUGCACCCGAAUGCAGGAGCAGGUGAGAUGCCCAGAAAGCAGGCACUGGAGACUGUGAAGAACAAUAUCGAAUGGGUGGAAAGGAAUAAGGAUGAGAUCCGGUUCUGGCUGGAGAACAAUGUGUCCUAGUACUAGAAGAACAUUUUUUGCCCACCCCUCAAGUAAUUAGGAUUCACAAGUCAAUGAAUUGCUCAGGGCAGCUUGAAAAUGAAUCUUUAGCAAAGAGCCAUAAUUGCGUUCAUGACAGUUAAAUGAAACAAAACGCUUUCUGGAACUACAGUAGGCAUUACAAAUCCUUUGGAACUGUACAUUGUUUCUUUAUUUAAUGUGUUGCAAUUGACAUAAAAUGUUUUAUUUGUAAA